AUGCCAUCAGCUUUGAGAAGAUUAUUCGUCACAAUUUUGGUGUAUAGUCAACCAACUGGUGUUCGAAGAUUGUGGGAUGAAUUUUAUCCUUUCAUGAUUGAAGAUUAUUCUUCUUCAAGUGAUAUUGUCGAUAUUUCUGUCAGAAACAUGCUACUUCGAGAUCUAAACAGAAUGCUAGAACAAUUUAAUAAGGGCACUGGAGAAUUUGAUCUGCCUGAAAUGACAAGUGAGCCAGAAGAUAGUCUAGGAAUACCGAGAUGUAUUGAAGACGAAAUUUCUAUAAAUAUCCCGCAAGAAGAUAUUGAUGCAAUUGACCACCUUAACAACGACCAAAUGAUUGCAUUCAACACCAUAAUGGCCGCAAUUGAGGGAAGAGAAAGUGCAUUAUUUUUUAUCAAUGGUCCUGGAGGUACUGGGAAGACUUACUUAUAUCGUGCAUUGCUAGCAAAGUUGAGAAGAAUGAAUCAUAUAGUCUUAGCCACAGCAUCAUCUGGAAUUGCUGCAAAUUUAUUGCCCGGCGGGAGGACAGCUCACUCUAGAUUCAAGAUUCCACUCAAUGUACAUGCAUCAUCCAUGUGUUCCAUAAGUAAACAGUCUGCUCUAGCACGACUGAUACAAGAAUAUUCCACUGCAAUUAUUUGGGAUGAGGCACCUAUGACACAUCGACAUGUGUUUGAAGCACUUGAUCGAACAUUUCGAGACAUAAUGGAUGUCGAAUUACAGUUUGGUGGAAAGAUAAUGAUUUUUGGGGGAGAUUUUCGUCAAGUUCUCCCUGUUAUUCCUAAAGGAACGAAGUCUGAACUCAUUCAAUCCUCCAUUGUGAAAGCAACAUUUUGGGCACAAACAAAGAUAUUGAGAUUGAGACAGAAUAUGAGAUCCAUAAAUGACCACCAAUUUGCAGAAUUUAUACUUCGUGUUGGCGAUGGGAGUGAACAAGUCAUUAACGACAAAAUGAUGAGAUUACCAGAAUGCAUGGUGGUUCCAUGGGAAAGUGACCAAUCUAUCAAUCAAAUUAUUGAUGAAGUUUUCCCCAAUUUGGGUGAUCAUGUAAAUGAUGCAAGAUACAUGGUGGACAGAGCAUUGAUUACUCCUAUAAACGAUGAUGUGGACGUGUUGAAUGAAAAGAUAAUCAAUAUGUUUCCAGGUGAAGAAAUUACAUUGUACUCAUUUGACUCUGUUGAAGAUGACAUGAGAAAUUUGUACCAACUAGAGUUUAUGAACUCAAUAACCGCAGGUGGGCUGCCACCCCACAAGUUAACUUUGAAAGUAGGUGCUCCAAUCAUGCUUUUAAGGAAUAUUAUUGACCCUAAAUUGGGAUUGUGUAACGGUACUAGAUUGUUGUGUCAUGGUUCGUACCAAAAUCUGAUUGAUGUUGAGAUACUAACAGGACAGUUUGCUGGGACUAGAGUUUUUCUACCUAGAAUUCCUUUGAAAAGUGCAGAAAAUGCUGGGCUACCAUUUCAACUAACAAGAAAGCAAUUUCCAGUCAAACUGAGCUUCUCUUUGACCAUAAACAAAUCUCAAGGUCAGACUAUCCCACAUGUAGGUGUUUACCUCCCAGAUCAUGUUUUUUAG